AUGUGCUGCAACUACUACGGGAACUCCUACGGGGGCUGUGGCUACGGCUGUGGCUAUGGCUCUGGCUACGGCUCUGGCUACGGCUCUGGCUAUGGCUGUGGCUAUGGCUGUGGCUAUGGCUCUGGCUACGGCUGUGGCUAUGGCUCUGGCUAUGGCUGUGGCUACGGCUGUGGAUAUGGAUCCAGAUAUGGCUGUGGCUACGGCUGUGGAUACGGCUCUGGCUAUGGAUCUGGCUACGGCUCUGGCUACGGCUGUGGCUGCUGUACCAUCCGACCAUGCUGCUACCGACGAUGCUAUUCCUCUUGCUGCUAG